AUCUCCUAGAGACAAAGAACGUAUAGUCCGACCAAUGAGCCCGCGAAAUUUGAUAUAAACAAAAAUUAAAAAAUAUUGAAUUUAUUCUAUUUAAUGACCGGAUUUUAAUCCGAUCUUUUUAUAUUGUUAAUAAUGCUUUGAAAAUAUACUUGUCAAACUUACAAACUACUUGGAAUCAUGAAUUUCUCGGAUGAAUUCAAGCAGAAUAACUAUCUAAGUCGAUUUUCUCCAAAUGGCCUAUAUGUUGCCAACUGUGUACAGUACAGGUUAAUAGUAAGAGAUAUAAAAACUCUACAAAUUGUUCAUCUCUUCACCAAUAUGGAUGCUGUCCAAUAUAUGGAGUGGUCACCUGAUUCUGGUUAUAUUCUUUGUGGAAUGUUUAAAAGAGGUCUGAUACAGGUGUGGUCACUGGAUCAACCUGAUUGGAGGUGUAAAAUUGACGAGGGAUUAGCUGGGCUUGAAGCUGUGAGAUGGAGCCCUGAUUCAAGACAUAUUCUCUCAACUGCUGAGUUUCAGAUCAGAAUAACUCUGUGGUCUUUGAUUGACAAAUCUGUUUCAUACUUUGAGCAUCCUAAACACGCUAACAAAGGGUUGGAUUUUACAAAAGAUGGACUCUAUAUGGCUCUAGCAGAGAGACGAAACUGUAAAGAUUUUGUAAGCAUAUUUGUUUGCGAAGCUUGGAAAAUGUUACAGCAUUUUGAAGUUGCCACUCAAGAUCUCAGUGACAUUGCCUGGUCACCUGAUGGUAGGGCCCUGUGCGUGUGGGACAAUAAUAUUUAUAAUAAAGUUUGUUUGUACUCCAUGGACGGCAGAUGCAUGUCAACCUAUGAUCCACCAUGUUUUGGGCUUGGCGUCAAAACUGUCGCAUGGUCACCGACUGGUCAAUUUUUAGCAAUUGGUAGUUAUGAUGAGAAGUGUCGCGUUUUUAAUCAUCUCACAUGGAGGACAGUUGCCGAACACCUUCAUCCACAGCAGAUGGAGAAAGGCGAUGUGAUCGUUUAUAAAGAAGUCGAGAAAAAACCAUCUUUUUUAAGAGGAGAAGCUUUCUCUGGCAAUUAUAAAAUCACCAGUAAAUAUGAAGUAAAAGACCUUCCUAUUCAGAUUCCGCUGGUCAAACCUGAUCCUGAAAAGCCCAAUCCGAAGUUGGGCGUUGGUCACGUGUCAUUCAGCAGUAAUUGUCGUUUUAUGGCCACGAGAAAUGAUAAUAUGCCUCAUACUCUAUGGAUUUGGAACGUAGUUACUUUAAAGAUUUAUGCAGUCUUGAUACAAAGUUCUCCAAUAAAAGCAAUGACGUGGGAUCCAAAACAAGAAAGAAUAGCAUUGUCUACUGGUAAUAAUAAACUGUAUUUCUGGUCGGUAGCCGGCUGUGUGACUGUCGAAGUUCCAACUGAAAGCGAAGGCACUUUUCAAGUUAAUUCUUUGCACUGGCAUCCUGAUGGCGACAGCAUACUACUCCUAUCUAAGGACAGAAUGUGUCUUUGUUUCCUAACGCCUUCUGAACCCUAAUCCAUCGAUCCAGAUAA